AUGUCUCAAAAAGCUUGUUACGUUUGCGGUAAGAUUGGCCAUUUGGCAGAAGACUGUGAUUCUGAAAGACUAUGUUACAACUGUAACAAACCCGGUCACGUUCAAACGGAUUGUACCAUGCCAAGAACAGUUGAAUUCAAGCAAUGUUACAAUUGUGGUGAAACCGGUCACGUUAGAAGUGAAUGUACUGUGCAACGUUGUUUCAACUGUAACCAAACCGGCCACAUCUCCAGAGAAUGCCCUGAACCAAAGAAGACCAGCAGAUUCUCCAAAGUUUCAUGUUAUAAAUGUGGUGGUCCAAACCAUAUGGCUAAGGACUGUAUGAAAGAGGACGGAAUUAGUGGAUUGAAAUGUUACACUUGUGGUCAAGCUGGCCACAUGUCCAGGGACUGUCAAAAUGACAGGCUUUGUUACAACUGUAACGAAACUGGCCAUAUUUCCAAGGAUUGUCCAAAGGCUUAG